GUCGGUCACCCAGCGACAAGUGUUCACGGAAGCGAGCUGCAGGCACAGCCGCGCAAUCUUGGCCGUUCGAUGCGACGGCGAGAGGAUUAUAUAUCAGGCGCUGUCUCGUCCUGGACGGACCACGAGUCGAGUCAGUUCUUGGAUUUGGGAGCGCAGAGGAGAGGAGUUGAGAUUAGAAGAGCCAAUUCGGUUGGCCACCGAUCGAUCCGAGCAUGAGGGAGUGAGCAAGCGAUUCAUCGAUCCGGGGGAAGAAGAGGGGGAGGGAGGGAUUCGAAUUUAGGGAUUCUGUUUCAAAUUGUGCGUGUGGAGGAGUUGGAGAUUGCAGAAUUCGCCAUGAAUGGCUUGAUGUUAUCUUGAUGUAUCUUUGUUUAUUAUACGGGAUUUGGUGGUGAAUUUCGCCGUUCGAACCGAAUUUAGGCGAUUUUUGUGGGCGAAGUUUUGUAUUUUUGUUGGGUUUUCCUGUUUGGCAUCUGACGGUUCGGUUCGGCGUCUCGAUUGGUUGGUUUCGCGUCGAAAUUUGAGAAAUUUCGGGCGAAUUUUGUGAGGAAGGGGGGUUGGUUUUGGGUGGGGUUGUCGUCAGUUGAGUGAAGUGAGAGGAGGAAAGUUUCCUAAUUGGAGCCGAAUUUUGUGGCCGUAGGACUGCUGCCUUUAAAAAGGCGGCGCCUUUAUCUGCUCUGCUGUUUUGACUGUGGCGAUUUAAAAGGAUCUAGGUUUUGAUCUGUUUCGUGAAAAGAUUUGAUUUUGAAGUUUUUUUUUUGCUGAGGUCGUUUUGUUUGCCUCUGGUUUUGUUUAUGUUUUUUUGGCUCGGCAGAUCGAAGAAAAUAUCGAAUUUUGCUCGAAUUUGCCGUGAUUUUUUGAUCUGAUCCGAAAGAAUCCGGAGAUUAUUUUUUGAUCCAAGAAAAGGAGGAGGAGGAGGAGGGGAUUCUUGUUUGCGGCGGCGGCCAUGGCCAUGGCGCUGAACCGAUUCACCCAAUGGCUGUGGCCGGCGACCGCGGCGCGGGUCGCGACGGCGACGCACGAGCUCCCGGCCGCCGGCCUGAUCAGCGCCUCCUUCCCGGACUUCCCCUCCGGGUUCCUGGAGCCGGACGCCGUCUCGUUCGCCGCCCCACGCCACCGCCGCCGCGGCAGCGCCUCGCGGCCGAGGAGCGGCGGCCGCCGCCGCCGCCGGAGCAGCCGUGAGGAGCCCCGGGUGGACAGGGAGUUCGACAUGGUCAUCGUGCCGUCCGACGGCGGCGGGUGCCUGUCCGGGUCGGAGUCGGACGACUCCGACUGGGCCAUCGGGUGGCAGGAGAAGCUGUCACCGGAGCUGCAGGCCGACGGCGACCCCGAGAGCUGCUUCGCCGUCCUCGUGCGGUGCUACCGCCACGGCCAGGCCGAGCACUCGGCCGGCAGGCCCGAGGGCCAGUUCCUCGGCGCCGGCUCCCUCGCCAACGGCGGCCUCUCCGAGGGGAGGAAUUUUGUAUAACAAAUGGCUUUUAUCUUCAGAAGAAUUGAUCAGAAGUCAGAUCUCUCCUAGCUAUGCUGUACAUAUUUAGUAUUGCCUCGUUUCGUUCUACUAUGUUUUUGAAGACGCAUAAUAUAUCGAUGACGGAAGACAUGGAAACCCCAAAAAAGAUGUAUAAAACGAAAACAACAACAAAAAAAGAGAGAUAGAGAGUAGCAGUGGGAUUUUGAAGCAGCACUGAAUGGGUAUGUCCUUCCUGAGGUUUUCAAGGCUAUUGUACCUUUGCAAAGCUAAGGGCAAAAUGCUGAUCAACACGAGUUGCGCGUCAUAGAGAGAACCAUUCCUUCUUCAUAAUGUUCUAACCUAUGAUAACAUGUAGAGAUGAAUUGCUAUUCCAUUGUUAAUUUUGUCCCACUUGCUUUUCGGAUUGGAUGAUGAUCUUGGAUCCUGGCACUACUAUUUGGCCAUUGCAGUCUCUGUGUAUAUUCUCUGUGUAAACUGCAAAUGCGCAAUUCUUCAGCGUGUGUACGUGUGUGUGUAUUGCUGUACAUUGGAGCAGAACCGAUCCCUGUAAAUUUUUGCUGUAUAUAAGCUUUUCUUUUUGGGAUGUCCAAGUGGAACUGGUUUUAGCUG